UCGAACGUGCCGCGUACGGUGACCGGUGGGACAAACCGAUCCGUCCGCGCGUCCGGGAUUGGGUUGGGGCAGUUCCGCGCGUCGAUUCGCUGCCCGCGUGCUUUACCAGUGCAAUCCCCGAUGCGCCCUGCGUGUUUUGCGAGUGUUACCGGCCGAAACUGAACUGCCCAAAAUGAUGUCCUCCUACCGGCACAGCACGGCCAACGGCGAUGGUGGUGCGUGCGACGUGAACAACAACAACAGCAAUGACGACCACAACGACAACCUGCUGACCGCUGACAAUCUGCUCCGGCUGGCGCUGAAGAAGCCCAAAAGCUGGAACUGGGAGCUGACGACGUCCAGCUCGUCGCCCAACAUCACCUUCCCCAAGAUACAGCUGUUCGAUGGCGCUAGCGGCGAGCUGAUGGUGGAGGUCGAUCGGCCCGACUGUGUCAUCCGCUCCGGCUGCCCGGACACGGUGCCGAAAAGCGGUGGCAGCUCGCCGAGCCGCUACCGGCGCUCCCGCACGUCCCUGGUGCGGGAGAAGCUCACCACCACGGGCGAUUCGCUGGCCGACAUCUUCAGCCAGCUGCAGAACAAGGGCCUGGGGCAUAAGCUCACCACCAGCGGCUCGCAGUACCGGCUGCUGCAGGGUGCGCAGGUGGACGAGUCGGGCCGCGGCUCGCUGCAGAAGAGCAAGUCGGCCAACGCGAUCGUAGCGACACCGGAGGUGCCGCCGAUCGUACGGCGGCGCUCUCGCCGCUCGCUCGCCAGCCGCUCCAGCUCGAUUCUGGAGCGCAUCAGCGAGUUCUACGGCCGCAGCUCGACCGAGGAGGAAGAUGUGCUGCCCGCCGUCCCGCAGCUGCUGCUCGAGCCUGCCAGCGAUGCGGGACCGCCCGGGCAGGAUGGGGGCGUCACGAUCGAGGAGCUACCGGCGGACGGCUGCCCAGCCGAGACGGCGAUCAAAGUGCCGCCCCGGCCCAAAAUCUACAAGCUGGUGCGGAGCAACAUCGGCACGCUGAUGGUGCGCGAGGAAAGCUUCCACACGCAGCGCAGCCUGCGGCGCCGGCAGCGAGAGGCCGGCGGGGAGCGGGUGCCAUCGCCCCCGGAGCUGGUGGAGCUGGACGAGCAGACGGACCGGCCGCGACCAGUACCAGGCGGAGCAGAGCUGGACCGCCACCGGUACGAACGGGAGAUAAGCCGCAUCGACGGUUUGCUGUCCCGGGUGAUGCUUUCGCACGAUCUGCAGACGGAGGAGCUGACACGCGCGGACCUCGGUCCCAGCGUACGCAUCGAGGACGCAUCGGAGGACGUGCUGGUGCGGGAGGUGCCGAACGGGUUGAGCACGGAGCACCAGAACGGCUCGGCGACUCGCCGGCCGAGGCGUCGCUCGAGGCGAAGCGUUAGUGUGGGCGGUAGCGUUACCUCGCCGCAUCGCCUCCGGUCCGCCUCCAGCUCGUCCACCUCGGACGGCGAGCAGGAUCGGGGGUACCGUGGCACGCGGCUACGCGGACAGCAUCGGACCGGCAGCUCGUCCCGAUCCGGCUCGCAGAAACGCCGCGGUAGGACGCACCAUCGCGAUUCGGACGUCGGACCGCGUGCAACGAUCAGUAACGGUGAUCGCCUCAUCAGUCUCGCCGGUGAGCCGCCCGAACGACAGCGCGAAUCGUUCCCGGAACGAGCCGAACCAACGGCAGCAGCGCAAGUGAAACAGAGCCCCAUCGUUAGUGGCAGAACAGCGCCGAAAACUAGCAAUUCCGUACCGCCUACUGCUCCCACUGGAGAGAGUAAUGAACCGAAGCCAAAGCUAAACAGUAACGGUGCACCGUCCGCAACCGUUUCCUCCUUUCUGGCGGACAGUUACAACGCGUCCGAUAAGGUGCUUCAGAAGCUCGUGCAAAGCUUGGGCCGCUCGCUAAACACCCGCAAGCGCGAUCGGCUCGAGGCGAAGCGGAAAGGUGGCACCAGCUGGCUGCGACGCGUACCGGGCUGCUGUGCCGGUACGGGCAAAUCGGUGUCACCGCCGGCACGCGACUCGCUCAUCUCAUCGCAAACGGGCGGCAGCUUACGGUACCGCAACGAGCGCAAUCGCCGGCCGUGUGGGGAGAGCGAUCCACUGCUGUUCGCUGCCAAGCCCGACGCACAGCCGGACCGGCAAGAGGCUGCCAGCGAGCACCUUCUCUCCCACAGCUGUGAUGGUUCGCUCGACGGCACACGGUUUCAGCUCGAUCUUCCGGACGUGGAGCCGGCAGUAGAGCUUACCUGCUACCAUCACCACGACCACGACGACGACGAGGACGAGGACGACGAAGACGAAGGCGACGAUACCGACCAAGGCAUCGUCCACCACAACGAACGAACGUGCGCACUGGAACGCAGUGCCAGUGAACGAGCCGAUCGUAACCAGCGCACCCGAACGAAUAUGGGCGCGAAUGUGUCCUCCUCCGCCCGACAGCACGCGAAAGGACUAACCAGUGGACGCAGGGCCCAAUCCAUAGAUAAUCUCAAGUCCGACACCACGCAGUACUUCCACCAGUACCACAACAACAACAACGGCGACACGUUCCAUCAGCAAACCUUCCUGGCGGACGGGUCCGGCGUCGCUGCCGAUGGCGACGGGCUCGAGAAGCAGCCGCCUCCACCGGAUCUGGCCUGCCUGCCCGGUACGGGGCAGGUGGUAUCGCCCGAACAUCAGCUCCAGCAGCAGCAGCAGCACCCGGAUCACGUCAUCUACGUCAGCCGCAAGGAUCGGAACAAGUUCUGCGGCAGCCUGCCGAACCAUCUCGACUUCGAUGCGGCCACAAUCGACCGGGACUGUGAGGCCAUCGUCAAGCAGAACGAAUUCCUACAGGCAAAUCUGAAAAACGUACAACAGCACCAGCAGCAGCAGCAGCACGCGGCACCACCGAACGGUACCCUUCCACAGCAACAGCUGACAUUCGCCGGCACCGAUCAACUUCCAACGGCUGCUGCCCAACAGUUAGCAACAUAUCAGCAGCAACAGCAACACGACCUACCGCUGCUGUGCACCAAUCCGGCAGGCAACACUGCCACCGCCGGUACCGGACCGGGCGAUGCCGUAGCAGCCAGUACAUUCCGCACUCCGUCAGAAGCUUCCGGCACUCAGCAUCCUCCGCCGCCGCAGCAGCAACAGCCGCCCGGUGCACUGCACAACCUGCAGCUGAAGCUGCCGCUGCACCGUACGGCCAUCGAUGCCGGUUGCGAUCAGGGGUACGGCAGCGAACGGUCGCCCGAGGACGAGCUGCCCCCGCCCCUGCUGCUGAUGCACGAGACGCAGUACAUCGAGCUACUGACCGCCAGCACGGCCGCCGACUGUCUCGGUACGGCCGGGCCCGUUCAGCAACAGCCGGGCGAUGGCACACAGCAGCAGCAGCAGCAGCAGCAGCAGCCCUACCAACCAACCUACUGGACCGGCGGCAACCAGGUCGUGGUGGGACCGUACAGUUUUAUUACCAAAGAUUCAAUCUUCUUCGUCCAGGUGGCCAAGGGUAGCCGCGGACUCGGGUUUUCCGUGUCGGGCGGUUCCGACUCGUCCGCACCGUACCCGGGCCUGAUCCGUAUCAAGCGACUGUUCCCGCACCAGGCGGCCUGGGCGACGGGGAUGCUCCAGCCCGGCGACAUCCUGCUCGAAGCGAACGGUGUACCGCUGACCGGUCUCACCAACUACCAUGCGCUGGAAGAGUUGCGCAAGGCGACGAACGUCGUCACGCUCACCGUUUGCCGACCGAAGGACGAGCAGUACCGCAAGCUGUCGCCGCCGACGGAACCGCCCCGGCCGCCGCUACGCAACGCACUGUCGUACGAGCACGGGUCGGGGUCGGUACCGCAGUCACCACUGCCACCAGCCGGCAUUCCAUAUACCCAGCAGCAGCAGCAGCAGCAGCAGUUGCAGCAUUUCUUCCCUCCAACGGGUGCCAGCUGGAACCAGCAGGUUGCCGGUUUUCUGCCACCGCUCGAUCCGAUCCAAACCAGCUUCAGUGGGGAGUUUGAGAUUGUCAUGACGAAGCAGCAGGGCUCGCUCGGGUUCACGCUGCGCAAGGAGGACGACUCCGUGCUCGGCCACUACGUGCGGGCGCUCGUGCGCGAGCCCGCCCUAAGCGAUGGGCGGAUCCGGCCGGGCGACAAGAUCGUCGCGGUGAACGACGUCCCCGUCUCGUCGAUGACGCACGAGGAGGCUGUGAUAUUUCUGCGCCAGGCGGCGGACGUCGUCCGGCUGCGGCUGUACCGCGACCAGGCCCAGACGCCCCUCUCCGCCCAUUCGCCGUCGGACGCGAGCGUGCGGGGGGCCCGUACCCGGCUCAUCCUGCGCCCGGAGGCGCGCAAUCUGCUGAACGAUCUGGCCGUCAGCCGGUAUCAUCGGGCGGCGGCCGCCACCACUGGCUCCGGCUCGUCCGUCGCGUCCAGCAGCACUACCACCUCGCCGAGACGCUUGCGGCGCGUCGGUGUGCACCAGCAUGGCGUCGGCUUCGACAACCACGGUUUCCAGCAGCAGCAGCACCACCAUUCCAACGACACGUUCAAUUACUCCGACAGUUGCUCCAACGCGUCCACCAUCGUUAGCCAAGCUCUAGACAAUCUGGAUGAAGCGUACUACCGGGACGAGGAGAUCGAUGCCAUCGUCGCCAGCGAAGAGCAGCAGCAGCAGCAGCAGCAGCAGCAGCAGCAGCAGCAGCAGCAGCAGCAGCAGCAGCAGCAGCAGCAGCAGCAGGGUGGCGAACAGGGACCAAGACCGCGCCCCACAUUCCUAGAUCUUGAGGCGGGCGCCCGGUUCCAGCUGGGCGGUGGGGGCGCCACCGUACAGCAGCUGAACCAGCUCGACCGUGCCGCGCUGGACGCGCCGCUACGGUACGGGCUGGCCGGGCCGGGCACGCCCGGUCUCGCCGGGCCCGAUCCGGACGGGCCCAACUUCGUCUCGCUGCCGUGCGAAACCUUCCUGGUGGCGUGCAAAACCGAGCAGGAUCUGCAGGACAGCGACCAGACGGAGGCGAUCUACGUGCAGCACUUCGCGCACAAAUCGCCCCUCUACUCGUCCGUGAACGUGCCGUCCCGGGUCGGUGCCGCCGAGCUGGUCGAGGCGGUCGAACGUGGAGGCAAGAAAAGUCUAAUGAAGUGGAAGGGAGCAACACUGCUGGGCGAGGAAGGGGAGCGGGAAGCACCCUCGAACCCGGCGGACGGCGGUACGCCCGACCAGCAGGACGACGCGCUGGCAACGCCCGACGCGGACGACUCGAGCCUGGCAGCGACGGCGGGGACAACGCUCAGCACCGCCACCCCGACCACGGAGCGCGAACUGUUCGAUCUGAACGCGAGCUGCGGGACGGACAGUGAAGGGAAUCAGAUUUUCACCGUCGAGCUUAACAAGGGAUGGAACAGUCGGCUCGGCUUCAGCCUGCAGCAGGAACCGGCCAGCAACGGUACGGUGCGCACCGUCAUCAGCGCCAUCUACCGGGACAGCGUGGCAGCACGGGACGGUCGGCUGCGCGUGGGCGACAUACUGAUCAUGGUCAACGAGGAGUCGGUCGAAUCGCUGCCGACGGCGCAGGUAAUCGAGCUGAUGCGCAUCGUGCGCGGCUCCAUCUUUAUCACGCUGAUGCGACCGUCCGGCGGUGGUGCGGCUGGCGGGACGCUCGAGCCAACGCCCGAAGAAUCGGCCGCCGAGGAGGACCGGGACGGUGCGGCCGACGCGACGCCGACGAUGCAGCCGAACGGAGCCGAACCGGAAAAGGGUGGCGAAGGCAACGCGCCGCCUACGGUGAGCCAGUAAGUGUGUGUGUGUGUGUGCGACGGUUUCCACGAUGCGAUUGUCAGGCAGUGGUAGUAGUGGCGCGGUUUUUACUAUUUCGUAACGUAACACGUAACGCCGGGUAACGGCGGUUAGCGGUUACGCUAACAGGUGAUUUUAGCGUGUGUCAUAGGAAAGGGUAGCCAAGGAAAGGAAAAUGGAAAUGGAAAGAGCAACCCAAUUUUGUGUUUGUGGCUGUUGUUGUUUGUUUGUUGUUGGUGUGAGAUGGUAAUUCAUUCCGUGUACUACCCAGGAGCCAUUUGUAACGCUUCAAUUUCCAAAAAAAAACCGAGCCGAAAGCGAGAGAAAGGGAGCGAAGGUGGAACAAUCAGCGGCUCAACAAAUGACUUAAGCACGAGUACGAGCGACUUGAAGAGACUUUUACACACAAUACGAGAUGCAAAAGCGAGAGAAAGAGAGAGAGAGAGAGCGAGUGGAGAUGUAAACGGAUCUUCUUCGCCGUCAACGUUUAGCCAAUGCAACCUAGUAAAAGCAGGCAGGAGCGGGAUGGAGUUAGUAAAUAAAAGGGGAAAAGAAAACGAAUGAUCUAAUUAGCGACAUUAUCGUGUGUCUCUUCCACUUUCGCAGAGAUGACUCUGUGUGUGUGCGUGUAAUCAAAUGUAAUCGCAGAGCUAGUAAUUUUAACGAUCCCGUUCCCCCCCCCCCUCUUCCCCCUCCAUUUCCCACACACACACACACACACACACUGCUCUGUGGUUCCCUUCACACUGAACGGUCCUUCCAGUAGUGCUGCAGGCGAGUUUGGAAUGACUCAGCGAGCGGAACUUAGAGACCUAUCCCCAUUGUUAAGCAUCUUUCCAAUUCUCCCUUCCCACUGUUCCCACAAUUCCCACUCCGGUUCCGGUGCCCAUCCAUCUUUGAUCGUUGGAGUAUUUUAAAUGUUGUUAGUGUAGCCAAAUGCGCAAAAAAACGAACAGAAAACAGAAAAAAAAACGAAAGUAUAAUAGAACACAAAUCCAAAAUUGGGAAAACAGGCAACCAAAAAACAGCACACAUCCAAACACACACACACACACAUUUCCUGUGAAUAUCGCUGGAAUCCUGGAUAUUUGAAGUGUGCAUGUGUGUGUGUGAGUAUGAGAUAACGAAGAAGAAGAAGAAGAAGAAGAAAACUCGAAAUAAAGAUCAUAUGAUGUUUGUACUUUGAACGUG